AUGGUGAUGUCACAGGGGACGUACACGUUUCUGGCGUGUUUUGCUGGAUUCUGGCUGGUCUGGGCUCUCAUCGUCAUGCUCUGUUGCUUCUGUAGCUUCCUCCAGCGCAGGCUGAAGCGCCGGCGCGAGGAGAGAUUAAGGGAGCAGUGUUUGCGAGCAUUAGAGAUGGAGCCCCUGGAGUGCCACACUGGAGGAGGCGGUGGGGGAUACCCUCCCAGAGACCCCCCACAGUUCAGUCCACACCCCCAAGUGCUAUCCCCACCCUUGCCUGUGGCUCACACGUUCCCCCAGGGGGGCUGGCCCAUCCCACAAGUACUACCACUUGAUUCCGAUGUUUUUGGGAAACCACCGUGCUACGAGGAAGCUGUUCUAAUGGAGGACCCUCCUCCCCCCUACAGUGAGGUUCUGGCUGACCCGCGGGGCGGCACCUACACCAAACCGAUGCAGCGUUCCUGUCGGGAGCACCAGGAACCCGAGACCAGCAAGAUGGCACCAGUGACAGUGUUUUCAGAACGAGGUUACUCCUCUCUCAUCCGCCUGCCAUCCGCCAGACGCUGGGACUCCCUGGGGCAUCUCCUCUCCACCAUGGACCUCAACCACAACCACUUGCCGGCAGACGCUCAGGCUGCUGCUAUCGCUACGAUGCCCCGCGAGGGCCGGACUCACACAGACCUGGGGCUACAUAGUCUCAGGGGUCUGGAGCAGGGCUAUGGCCUACCCACUGCCUUUCCACUGCUGGGGAGGAGUACCGCUGUCUGA